AUGUUGGCACUACUAUUACUAAAUAGAAUGAAUGCUAGGCGCCGAGUUCGGCAUCAAAGGCCUGUGAAACUGACUAAAACUGAGGGAAAGAGUCCAGAGAGGAUUUAUUGCCGAACUUGUCUCAAUACUGAAGACUUAGUAUCGAUUUUUUAUAAUAAAGAGACUGAACGUAAACGGUCCCACGAUUUAAAACUGGUAACGGGUUUAGAGAUCAAAAUGGACGAUGGACUGUCACAGAAGAUUUGCACACGUUGCUUGGAAACCAUGAACAUGGCGUUACAAUUCAGACGGACCAGUAAGAAGUCUGAGAAGGCGCUUCUUAACAUGAUAUCAGGAAAACCGAAGAAGAAGUACUCUUCUCGUCUGCAAAAAGCUCUUAAGCCACCAGUGGAGAGUACAAUGGUGGAGAAAGUUGAAAUGGCGGACUACAGCUAUGAGAUAUUUGGAGAACAAUUCCAGGAUCAUGAUGAUGGUUAUGAUGUGCAUGUUAAAAGCAAACAGAAGAUGAUGCAGAAGCAAACCAAGAAGAAACGCUCUCAGUUGCCGAACUGCACGUCGUACAAAUGCGCCACUUGUAACAAAGUGUUCCAUAUGAAAGCGACUUACAAGGCGCAUAUACGCUUACAUACCAAUUAUUGCGUGUGUGAGACGUGCGGCAAGAGAUGCAGGAACAACAACCAGCUCCAGGAACACAAAAGAGCUCGUCACGGCCUCUACAAAAUACACAAAUGCGCUUACUGCGAAUACAGCUCCGCUACUAAGGAAGCCCUCACUAUCCACGAGCGUCGCCACACCGGCGAGCGGCCUUACGUGUGCGACCACUGCGGCGCCACCUUCCACCGAAGGUCGAACCUGGUCCAGCAUAUCGCCAUACAUCUGCCAGAAAAGAAUUUCCAGUGCGACAUGUGCCCGAAAAGGCUCAAGUCGCGCAAGUUCCUGCAGAUACACAAACACAACGCGCACACUGGCAAGCGUUAUGGAUACCUGUGCAGUAUGUGUGGGCAUCGCUUCGAGAAGCCGAACAAAGUCCGAGCGCACACGAGAAGAGUGCACGGCGUGCCUGACGAACAGCAGGGACCUAUUGCUAGAGUUCAGAUAUAG